AUGAAAGCUGCAGUCUUAUAUGAAAGCAACACUGUUCCAAAAUAUGCAGAUUUCCCAAUCCCAAAGGUUACAGCAGAUGACCAAGAGUUGGUUUCAGUUGUAUCAUCAAGUAUUAAAAAUUUAGAUAGAGGUAAGGUUAGCGGUGCACAUUAUACUGCAUAUAGACAAUUCCCAACCACUAUUGGUGUCGAUGGUAUUGGCAGAUUGGAAGAUGGAAGUUUAAUUUAUGCAAUGGGUUUAACAGGUAUGAUCGCCGAAAAAGCUAUUGUAAAGAAAGGUCAAUAUGCAGUUAUCAACGACAAAGACGUUGAUCCAUAUAUUGCUGCUGCUUUACCAAAUACUUUACUCGGUUCAGAUUGUGCUUUAUUGUUCCGUGGAAAUAUCAAAAAGGGCGAUGUUGUUUUAGUUAAUGGUGCAACUGGUGUAACUGGCAAGGUUGCUGUUCAAAUCGCUAAAAUUCGUGGUGCCUCAAAAGUAAUUGCCACUGGUAGAAACCUUGAAGUCCUCAAAAAAAUGCAACAAGAUUUAGGUGUCGAUGAUAUCAUUCAUCUCAAUGGCGAUGACAAAGAUAUCAGUGCCCAAUACAAAGCAUUACUCGAUAAACAACCAAUCGAUAUCGUAUUGGACUAUCUCUGGGGUAAACCAGCUGAGUUAGUCAUCAAUGCAAUUGUUAGUCAAAAGAAAUUCCACAUUACUAAAAUCAUCACUGUUGGUGAAAUGGCUGGUGCCAAUAUUUCACUCCCAUCUGCUGCACUUAGAAGCACAGCUAUAGAAAUCAUUGGUUCAGGUUUAGGCUCAUUUGAGAUGUCUACUUUAGGAAAAUACUUUAAAAACUAUUUAAACGAACUUUUAGGUUAUGUUAAAGAGGGUAAAUUAAAAGUUGAUAUCAGAACUGUUGACCUCAAAGAUAUCGAAAAAGAAUGGCCAGUUAACGAACCUUCAGUAAGAACUGUUAUUAAAAUUUAA